AUGCGUGUGAUAGAGAAAGAGAAGAGGGUUAUGGCGCGACGAUGGUUUGAGCAAGAAGGGAGUUUGGGGGGAGAGAGAGAGAAGAGGUUAUGCCGAUGGGGUCUGCGUAGGAGUGGAGUUCGCCCAGGGAGGGGGGUGUCUGCACAAGAGGGAAGCUUUAGGGGAGUUCAUCAAGAUGAUGAAUUGGCUCUUCAUCAAUCUGAUCCGGUCUUGAGUUUGUCCAUGGCUGGUACAAGCACUCAAUACGUCCCUCCUCCACCUUCUUCUUCUUCGUCUUUGUCAGAUCCAUGGAAGUACGAAGUCUUCUUGAGUUUUCGAGAGGCAUUUGCAAAGCAAGCAGAGCGCUUUGUGGCCGAAAUUGAAAAGGUGGAGAAAUGGAGAGCUGCACUUACUCAAGUUGGGAGUAUAGCAGGGCUUUGUUGUGAUAAUGUCGAAAAUCGGUACGUAAUUCAUACUAGCCUUCUUCGGUUCCUCGUGCACCUGUUAUCUUAG